CAGAAUUUGGAGUGUGUUCUCCGAGACCUGGUGACAGAGAAUGCUCAUCUCCAGUCCCGUGUGCAGACGGAGUUAGCUGCAGCACAGCAGCAAGUGAGACGUAACGAAGAACAUUUGCAAGCAACUGAGAGGGAGAUGCAGACACUCCGACAAGAGCUCACAGACAGGGACAGGGAGAUUGCUCGGAAGGAUGAGGAAAGUGAGAGGGAGAAGCAAGCACUCAGACAAGAGCUGACAAGAAAAGAAGCAGAGGUGACGAGGGCAGAGGAGACUAUCAGGAGAGAGCAGCAGCAGAUUCAGGAGAUGAGACAGAGAGAGACUGAGUUAGUGCAGGCCAAGGACAGGGAGAUAGCUCUGCUUCAGCAGCAACUGGGGGGAAAGCACUCUUACACAUGUCAGGUCAGUGGACCUGGUCUAACAUCAGCCACAGUCAACCAACCAACACACGUCCUAGUCCAACUAACUGACUCUAGUGGUAGACCAUACUCACUUCCACUGAAUGUCACCGCACAACUUGAGCUCGUUUCAAAAGCCACACCCACAAAUACAUCCGAAGCCACACCCACUAGAUCAAGGUGGCCUUGGUCGAAGAAACAGCCAGAGAAACAGGUAUUGGUUGCCAUGACGUCUCCCUCCCAAUACGAGGUGUCGUACACACCAGUCAGUCGAGGCCAACACAAACUCCAUGUUCAAGUCAACGACAGAGAAAUCAAUGGCAGCCCCUUCACUGUGACCGUGUACCCUGACCCCAGACAACUAGGCCACCCAGUGAGGACUGUGACUGGAUUGGUAAACUCCAUAUGGCAUUGCCUUCAACAGUCAUCAGGAGAUGAUUGUCAGUGAAGUGGUGGUAUAGAUUGUCUAUCUUUGACAUCAGAGGACAGAAAAUCCGAACAUUUGGAUCAUGUGGUGACAGUCCAGAUCAGAUGAAAUACCCUGCAGGCAUAGCAACUGAUGAUACUGACAAUAUUUAUGUGAGCAGUGAGCACAAGCUGCAGAAGUUCACUAGCAGUGGUGAACUGAUCAAAUGUAUUGGUCGGGAGGGCAGUAAGGAGGGGGAGUUUGAUGAUCCACGUGGAGUGACACUGUAUGACAAUCAAGUGUAUG